CCAAAUCUCCUACGGGUCUGGGUAGGUCUCUCACUUAUUAUUUAGUCCAUGCUCAAAUCUCUUCCCUAACAUCCACACAUCCGAUGGAAUGGAAUUUUGGCCUGAAGAUAAGCAAAGCCAUGUACAAGACAAAUUUAGGCGUGUUGGAAAGGGCAAGGGGAAAGCUUUGCCUUCUGGCACAUCCUACCUAGAGCUCGGUCGUCUCGAAGCUGUUACACUGAUUGAAAACAAAACAAAUCUGGAGUGGAUUUCACCUCUUCGUAGUCGAGGAGGUCCAAAACUCACGCCGGGAGAUUCUGUUGAAGUAUUUGGACCAACUCGCCCACCUCCAGUGCAUGUUCCAUCGACAUCUAUCGUACAUCGUGCUGAACAAGGGGCUAAUUUUCUUCGAACGUACUUUCCCGACAUUGAGAUCGCCGCGGAGUUGGUUAGGGAGGAGCUAUCUACGGAUGCACAGUUCACUCGCGACUUGGAGCAGUAUGACCCUUUUUCCAGAAACGUACUUGAAUUGCUGUACAUGCCAAAUCUUCCGGAUACGCCUAAGUUUUUGGCGUUUCCUAUGGGUGUUACUGGGUCUGAUCUGAGUAUUUACUCCCUUAACGGCCUGGGAGACAACAACAUGUCUUUUCAGGCCUCUAGCGAGACGGUCAAGUCAUUUACGACGCCUGUGCUACAGUUGGUGUCCUCUCAGAUCCUGGCCAACAGCCCAAACAUGUUUCUAGCUGUCCGAACGAUGGGUUCUACAACAUUACUUCGCGCGCGCUACACUCCUGAUUUCCCACAGGCGAACUUCACAGAGCUGUCUAACAUUACACGAGAUGAUACCGGAGAGCGUUCAUCUGUCGAUAUCAAAUUCCACUCGAAGCAGUCCGACGUACUUUUUGUCAAUGAAGAAGGCCGUCUUUACAAGAGUGGCAUAGAAAACGGACAAUUGUCAGUCGCAACUGAAGUUAUCUCUGGAAUCGCUCAAGCUUAUGGCUAUGUUUUAAGACGCACCGCUUACCAUGGGAUCAAAAACUAUGAUAGUGCGGAUAAGUACUGGCGUUUAGCAGUGGCUGGAGACAAUGAGGAUGGCUGUCUACUCUCUUCAAGUAAAAUUGUUCAAGAAUUAGAUUUCAGAACAGACGGUGUGGCAUUGAACCUUCUUGGUAUUGACACAACUACAGGCGAAAAGCUGACUUGGAUUGAAGAUUCAGAGGAUAGUUAUCUGAUUCCACUCGUCUCUACGGAUAGAAUACUAUGGUUGGAUCGUCGAUUUGCAGGAAAGCCCCUCCUUGGAAUAAAACAUGGACGCAACUACGAUCGUACCUUAGCUUUGCGUACUGUGAUAAUACGUGGUAUCCAUCAUUCCCUAAUGACGAGUCGUAAGAAUAAACUCAUCACUGUAUACGACGUGUCUCGUUCAACCGAGCAGCUUUUGCAUGCAGACAAUGCUCCCUAUUCUUUUUCAGUCAAUACACGUGAGAAUCGUUUCUCUGGGGAUGCCUAUGUCAAUAUGGGAGACCAAUACAAAAUGUUCCGAAUUUCCGAACGAGGUCGUCUCACUUGUGUUGACUUGAAGCAAAGUGGCAAUGAUAUCACAUCCUCUUUUGCUGCGACCCAGUUUUUUCCCUCCAGAACAAAUGACAUUCCGGCGAUGCGUCCAGAUCUCGGUCCUGCAGGAGCCCGGGAAUUUAGUCAAACGAAUUUACGACCUGCAUAUGAGCAACUUUUUCCCAGUAUAGUUUCUAUAGAUACACAGGAGGAGAAAAACUCAGAGGCUGUUUAUGAUCUGCUCGAGCAAUUACCCUCCUUUUGGCAACAAGAUACACCGAUUGAACAGGUUUUGACGACGGUUAGAUAUGACAUCUUGUUUCGAACGGGUGAUGAGCCUGGACAUACCUCUCGUGCCGAUUUCUUGACUGAAACUGUCUUUAAUUCAACAAGAGGAUAUCGAAUUCUGCUGCAAGAUCGGCUGCCUGUUCAAAGUUUGAUGGAUGGCGUUUCUUGGUACUCUGACAUCGCUCCCAUAAUGAAUCACUUCGACGAGAGCACCGUUGGAAACAUACGCUCAAUUGCAGAACGUUUCCGGUCUUUCGACUUGUCCUUAAGUCCUGAUCAUCCCAUUCAAGCCUCGAGGAGACAAAACAAGGCUCGUGAACAGCUGGCUCUUGACCUCACCUUGUCCAAAGAUAUAUUUUCCACCCAACGAUUCACACAAUUUCCGCGUACUCCAACAGGUGAUUGUACCGAAGCUUCGGGCCCUUCCGCUACCGUCCACUUUCACUACUUACAACCAAUGCCGAGACGUGACCAUUAUUCAAGGGAAGAACAACAGGAAGACAAAGUCAACUUUCCGUUUGGGGUUGGUCUACUUUUAGAAGACUGGGAUGUUGGAGUUGACCCAGAUAAAUACAUCUACAACAAUACGUACGACGUUAAAGCGGAACCUAAUUUGGAGACGACGCCAAAAUUGAGGGUGCAGCCUGUUCAAUCCCAAACAACUUUACUUCCCAGUUCUCUGUCUCAAUCACAGAUGCCUCCAUCUAUCGCCAUUUUGCCUGUAAAUCAGCCAUUGGCUCUUCCUCUCCGCGUCUCAGGCGUCCAAAGUCAGAUGACAGAGCCUACAGAAGUGGAAUCCCAGGUUCUGAUGACAAGUACGCAAGUGCUACCAGGACCAUUCGGAGGUCGACCAACUGCGGUGGUUGUCGAUUUCAGUCAGUCAACGUCUGAUCCGGUGUACUCGACGGCGUUCAAUGACUUCCUUGGGCGUACGGUGCUCUCUAUUACUCCUUUAUGUUCCAUCCGCAAGUUUUUUGUUGCAGGAAAUAAGGCGGUCGUGACCGCAUUGUCUGCUAGCUGCAUCUCUACAUUCGCAGGCUAUCCCCUGGAUUCACUCAAAUCAAGGCUGCAAACAACCAAAACACCGAUAUCUGUACCUCGACUCGCUUUAACCGUCUAUCGUGAUGAAGGCAUCUCUGGCUUUUACCGAGGUUUGGCGAUCCCCCUUCUGACAAUAUCAUUCGUUCGCGCCGCAAGUUUUACAAUCUACAAUUCGACGAAAGACUAUUUCAAGAAACGCGAAUGGCUUGUUCGAGACAGUAUAGUUGAUGUUUCGAUCAUUGGCGGGAUAAGUGGCGCUAUGUCUGGAGCCCUCAUCUCCGUUGGAAGUACCCCUUUCGAACUUGUCAAAGUCAGACGCCAAUUGGAAUAUACUAUUGCGAGCAGCAAAGGUAUUCAUCUCUCAAGAGCUCCAGGGACCUUUGAAGCUGUGAGGGACAUAUUCAGAACGAGUGGAAUUGCAGGUCUCUAUACUGGGUUCAGACUACAUUUCACUCGCGAUACUACUGGGACUAUGCUUUAUUUCCUCGAAUACGAUGGCAUGCGGUAUCUCCUGGGCAGACAAAGGUCCGGUGAACAAGGACCUAUUCCAGCAGGGCUUCCCAUCCCCGUUUCAUUAGCACCGUUUGUUUGUGGCUCGUUCGCCGGGGUCACUUCCUGGGCUCUUAUAUAUCCGCUCGACGUGGUCAAAACUAAAGUACAGCAACGAGCUCUGGCUGGUGAAAGAUACAGAGGUCCAUUCGAAACUUUUCAUCGACUUAUUCGAGGUCCGGAUCCCAAUAAACCAAAACCCUUCCUCGCUGGCGUCGCUCGUAUUUACCGUGGCUUGGGUGUGAGUGCUGUGCGUAGCAUCACUACCCACGGUCUCCUUUGGACUUUCUUCGACCUGGUUGCCAACUAUAUUGACAGCUUGCCUAAACAUGGGUGAACUUACUUCUCCACCAAAACCACUUCCUGUUUUGCAUUGCUAUCAUUGUACCUCUGUCACUCUAUUCUACUCUAAAUUUCACCGACGCGUAAUUUUGAACACCACGCGGUCUUAUGUGCACCCCACCGCCAUACGAAAGUAGCUGUAAAGUAUACGACCGUUGUUAUUCUGCCAAUACAUUGCAUCGCAUCUCACUUGCGUAAUUUAUCUAUUUUGCACACGAAGUGAGCCAAGUAAUUUGUACAACUUUGUUCAUCGACUUUGCACAUAGUCGUCAAUUUUAAGCAGAAGACAUACUGUCUCUGUGGCAAGUUCAACCGCACUAGUGGAAACGAGUAGAGGCUGCACUACAUCUUCCUCCAAAAUAUUGGAUAUGAGACCCUUUCUAACAUUGAUACCCGCCGUCCUCUCACCGA